CCAAGCGCAUUGAAAUAGGAAUUAGCAGCAAUUUAAUUAUAAACAGAAAUCGUACACACUAAACAUGGAUAAUCCCAGCUCACCGCCGCCAAAUACGCCCAGCGAUGCCAGCGAGCGUCGCGAUUUGCGCGCAGCGAUGACAUCGCCUGUGGGCGACUUUGAGCCUUUUGAGAAUGAGGACGAGAUCCUUGGCGAUCAGACAGUGCGCGACGAGGAAGAUGAAGACGGCGAGGAGCUGUUUGGCGACAACAUGGAGAACGACUACCGCGAAAUGCCUGAGCUGGAUCACUAUGAUCCUGCCAUGCUGGACGACGAGGAGGACUUCUCAGAGAUGUCGCAGGGCGAGCGCUUUGCAGCCGAGUCGGAAAUGCGUCGACGCGAUCGUGCGGCAGGCAUUCAUCGCGACGAUCGCGACCUGGGCUUUGGUCAGUCCGACGACGAGGAUGAUGUGGGCCCUCGUGCCAAGCGACGUGCCGGCGAGAAGGCAGCUGUGGGCGAAGUAGAAGACACGGAAAUGAUCGAGUCCAUUGAAAACUUGGAGGAUACCAAGGGCCACUCGACCAAAGAAUGGGUGAGCAUGCUUGGUCCGCGUACCGAGAUUGCGAAUCGCUUCCAAUCUUUUCUGCGCACCUUUGUGGAUGAACGUGGCGCAUAUACCUAUCGUGAUCGCAUUCGUCGCAUGUGCGAGCAGAACAAAUCCUCAUUUGUGGUGUCCUACACGGAUUUGGCCAACAAGGAGCAUGUGUUGGCAUACUUUCUGCCCGAGGCGCCAUUCCAGAUGCUUGAAAUAUUCGAUAAAGUGGCCAAGGACAUGGUGCUGUCCAUUUUUCCCACGUACGAACGCGUCACCACGGAAAUUCAUGUCCGCAUAUCGGAGCUGCCGCUGAUCGAGGAGCUGCGCACCUUCCGUAAGCUGCAUCUCAAUCAGCUGGUACGUACCCUGGGCGUGGUGACGGCCACAACGGGCGUGCUACCGCAACUCUCGGUAAUUAAGUACGAUUGUGUCAAGUGCGGCUACGUUUUGGGUCCGUUUGUACAGUCUCAGAACACGGAAGUAAAGCCUGGCUCGUGCCCGGAGUGCCAGAGCACAGGACCCUUUUCCAUCAACAUGGAGCAGACUUUGUAUCGCAACUAUCAGAAAAUUACGCUACAGGAAUCCCCGGGACGCAUACCUGCCGGUCGCAUACCGCGCAGCAAGGACGUCAUUUUGCUCGCCGAUCUGUGCGAUCAAUGCAAGCCCGGCGAUGAACUGGAGGUCACUGGCAUCUAUACAAACAACUAUGACGGCUCGCUUAAUACGGAUCAAGGUUUCCCCGUAUUUGCUACAGUCAUUAUAGCCAACCACGUGGUGGUCAAGGACUCCAAGCAGGUGGUACAAUCGCUGACUGACGAGGACAUUGCCACCAUACAAAAGCUGAGCAAAGAUCCACGCAUUGCCGAGCGUAUUGUGGCAUCCAUGGCGCCAUCUAUUUAUGGUCAUGACUAUAUCAAACGAGCUCUCUCGCUGGCUCUAUUCGGCGGCGAGUCCAAGAAUCCAGGUGACAAGCACAAGGUGCGUGGCGACAUCAAUAUGCUCAUCUGCGGCGAUCCGGGCACGGCAAAGUCCCAGUUCUUAAAGUACACGGAGAAGAUUGCACCACGUGCCGUGUUUACCACCGGUCAAGGUGCUAGUGCUGUGGGUUUGACCGCGUAUGUGCGUCGCAAUCCCGUGUCCAAGGAGUGGACGCUUGAGGCUGGCGCACUAGUGCUGGCCGAUCAGGGCGUCUGCCUGAUCGACGAGUUUGACAAGAUGAACGAUCAGGACCGCACAUCCAUUCACGAGGCCAUGGAGCAACAGACCAUUUCCAUAUCCAAGGCAGGCAUUGUCACCUCACUGCAGGCGCGUUGCACGGUCAUAGCUGCUUCCAAUCCUAUUGGGGGUCGCUAUGAUCCCUCGAUGACCUUCUCGGAAAAUGUGAAUCUCUCGGAACCAAUUCUAUCGCGUUUCGAUAUACUGUGCGUGGUCAAGGAUGAGUUUGAUCCAAUGCAGGACCAGCAGCUGGCCAAGUUUGUGGUGCAUUCACACAUGAAGCAUCAUCCCAGCGAAGAGGAACAACCGGAACUGGAGGAGCCGCAACAUAAGUCUGUGGAGGAGAUACCACAAGACUUGCUACGUCAAUACAUUGUGUAUGCCAAGGAGAAUAUACGACCAAAGCUAACUAACAUUGAUGAGGACAAGAUUGCCAAGAUGUACGCACAGCUGCGUCAGGAGUCCUUUGCGACUGGUUCGCUACCUAUAACGGUACGUCACAUCGAGAGCGUCAUCCGCAUGGCCGAGGCGCAUGCUCGUCUGCAUCUGCGUGAGAAUGUCUUGGAGGCGGAUGUUAGCAUGGCUAUACGCAUGAUGCUCGAGAGUUUCAUUGAGACGCAAAAGUUCAGCGUGAUGAAGAAGAUGCGCAGCACAUUCCAAAAGUAUUUGGCGUUCCAGAAGGAUCACUCUGAACUGCUGUUUUUCAUAUUGCGCCAACUGACACUCGAUCAGCUGGCCUACAUACGCUGCAAGGAUGGUCCCAGCGCCACGCAUGUGGAGAUCAUGGAGCGCGACUUGAUAGAACGCGCCAAGCAGCUGGAUAUCAGCAAUCUAAAGCCAUUCUACGAUUCUGAACUGUUUCGUAGCAAUGGGUUCUCAUAUGAUCCCAAGCGACGCACCAUUUUGCAGAUUGUGGUCGAUGGCGCUGCCUAAAUUACCAAGAGUUUACCUGAACAUAUUCACGAUUUUUAUCUCAUUUAAUCUUAGUAUCACCUUACACGGUUUGUUUCCCA